AUGUCCGACUCGGAAACGUCCCGUUUGAGCGACGAAGAAGAUCUUUUCGGCGACGACAACGUCGCUCCGGAAAGCGACAGCGAGCAGAAAACGCUUGACCUCUCGCUCCCGCGGCACGCCGUGUCUCACAAGCCCGAAGAAGACACCUUCAUCAUCAAAGUGCCCGUUUUCCUUCAGGUGGACGCCCACCCGUUUGACCCGAACGAGUUCAAGGCGAAAGUGGCCGAGAACGCCCGCGAACGGCACGCGAGCGCCAUGGACGCCAAGGCCAUGGAAAACGACGUGAUUGCCGAGAAGCUUUUGAACCAAAACACUCUCCGCUGGCGGUACACCAAUGCGGGCAACGACGAGAUUGUGAAACAGUCCAACGCCCAUUUCGUGCAGUGGGACGACGGCCUGUUGUCGUUGAAAGUCGGGAGCGAGCUCUUUGACUUCCGGGCCUUGCCUUUGGCCGACAACUUUCUUGCCCGCAGCCAUGUGGACCACGAGGUGUUGCAGAACGACUCCAUCUUGACCAAAACCGCCAGCGUGCUUCCUGCGUCGACAGGAACGGCCACCCACCGCCAGUUGACACAGGCCGUGAAAAACAUCCAGAAGAAGGACAAGAUCUUGAACACGCUCACCGACGCCGAUCCUAUGCUGAAACAACGUGCCGCCGACGAGCACGAGCGCCGCAGCCUCAAGCUCCGGCGCCAGAUGGAGCAGAAACGCCGUUUGCAAGAGGAGAAGUUGGGCAGGACCGAGAGUCCUGCGCCGGGCCGAAACGAGUCCGCAUACGAGCGGUUCGAGCGCACAUAUGGCGACGAGUACGACGACGAAGACGAUUUCGUGGCCAACGACGACGAAGAGCCAGAGAUGGAUGACGAGGACGAUGCGUUGGAGGAGGCUUUUGAGCGCGGAGCCGAGAGAUUGCAGAGUGUGAAGGCGGCCGGAGCAGCCAAGUACGACGAAGAGGAGAGACGCAAGAGACGGCGGAUCAUCGACUCCGACGAUGAGGAGUAG